UGCAAAGUAGAGUAAGUGGGGAUAAUUGAAGUUUCGAGGGCUGGGAAAGUUUUAUUGAUAUCAUUUUUUAUAAAUAAAUUUUUGAUAGCAUUUUAUAAAUUAAAUUAUUCAAUUUUAGCUCAAAAAUUUAUGAUUUGAUAAUAAUUUAUAAUUUGUUAUCCCUCAAAGUAGUUUAUAGUUAUGCAAUUGGAUAGCUAAAAUAAACAGAAAAAACAAUGGUGAAGGUUUAUUGUAUUAGUGUUUUAUAUAAAGGACCUUCAAAUGCAAAAUGGUUAAAAUCCGCUUUCGAUUUACAAAGUUUUAGCUUCUUUCAAAGAGGAUCAGUUCAAGAGUUUAUGUCAUUUUUUUGUAAAACUAUUGUUGAAAGAACUAUACCAGCUUCCAGACAGACUGUUAAAGAAGGAGAAUAUUUGUGUCAUGUUUAUGUGAGAGCAGACAAUUUGGCUGGAGUUGUAGUAACAGAUCACGAGUACCCAUCUAGAGUAUCACAUACUUUAAUCACAAAAAUUUUGGACGAAUUUCAAGCAAAAUUUCCCGCAGCCAAUUGGCCAGCUCUAGAAGAAAGAGAUGUUGUAUUUCCUCAAUUAAAUACUUAUUUAGCCAAAUACCAAAAUCCUAGUGAAGCUGAUGCUUUGACAAAAAUACAAGAAGAUUUAGAUGAAACCAAAAUUAUACUGCACAAUACCAUACAAGCAGUAUUAGAAAGAGGAGAAAAAUUGGACGAUCUAGUGAGUAAGUCUGAAGGUUUAAGUAUACAGUCAAAAGCCUUCUAUAAAACAGCAAAGAAAACAAACAGUUGUUGUAAUUUUUAAGUAGUAUUUAUGUACAUUCCUUUAUAAAUGUUUAUAUUUGUAUUUAUUAUUGAAGUGUUAUAUAUUGAGUAAAAGAAGCUUUACAUGUAUAAUUGUGACUAUAAGUGAUGCAUUUAGAACAGGGUGGAAUGUUGUUGUUUAUUAUAAAUAUAUGGUGUAAUUUCUUGAAA